AUGUCGAAAGAAGAGGGGACGGAAUCAAACACAUCUUCUCGAGAAUCAACACCUGUUUCUGAUACCCAGCCAGAUACAUUCAAAUCCAACUCAUCCAAAAAAGCGAACAGAGUGUCGAAGCCACGCUUGACGGCAUCUCAGAAGAAUUUCAAUCACAAAGACGCCGAAAACAAGCGACGUACAGCCAUCCGUGAGCGAUUCACAGAACUCUCUCAUCUUGUCCCAGGAGCCCUAGGCCAUGAAAGAAGCGAGCAAGUCAUGCUGGGGAAAACCACUGAGUUUUUGAGAACCAUGAUCCUGGAACAACGUAGGCUCGAAGAGAUGGCUCAGAAGCAAGGGAUCGCGAUCGAUGACGAUGAACGGCUCCGGGAGGAUGAUUACGGUGGACCAAAGUGGAGGGCGAGGAACAUGGAGCAGUACGAGGCCGGUAAGCAGAAGAAAGAAGCUGGCGACUCCCAACAGGCAAAUGAUCAAGGGGACGAGGAGAAUGAUUAG